AUGAAAAAAAUUUUGUGCCAAAUUUUCAACCAAUUCAUCUUCGUUCUUCUUUUGUCACUAUUUUUUGGGUCACUCGAUAUUUUUGUAUCUUUUUCUUUUCCAAGAAAUCUUCCACCAAAAUUGCAUGUUUUCUUCGAACUUCUAGAUUUUCCUGUUUUGAAAUAUUGCAUAUUUUUUAUUUUUGUUCCUUCAAGUAUUUCUUCUUAUAAAUAG